UCUCAGCAGUUCCUCCAGGGAAUUUCACCCCUGUAUGUUGUAGACCAGAUGCCCGUAAAAUGGUAGAGCGAGUGAGUCUUGAUGUUGGUCUGAAGCUCCGAAUGUUAAAAGCCGCUUUCCUUACAAUUCAACUUUCAGGAAAUUUAUGGCGAUUCCCCUUUCUUAUCUUCCAACAUGGUGGUGUUGCAUUCUUCAUACCAUAUUUGAUAGCACUGAUCAUUGCUGCUUUGCCUAUGUUCUUUAUGGAAAUAGUAUUAGGGCAGUUCUCAUCAUUGGCGGCAAUUUCAGUUUGGAACGUUGUUCCAUUGUUUAAAGGCGUUGGAGUAGCCAUGGUCCUGAUAUCGGCUCUAGUUUCCGUAUAUUUGAAUGUCGUCUCUGCUUGGUCUCUGUUUUACUUCAUCAAUUCAAUAAGCUUCUCGUUACCAUGGUCGAACUGUGCCAACUCAUGGAGUGGAUUGAAUUGUUCAAUGGGAACGCGAAUUUCAUGUACAGAAGCAAAUGGCACUCUUCUUGUGAAUGGUUCAUGUAUAAUUCAAGGUCGCAGACAAAGUGCUUGUCCCACCUCUGUCAGUCAAGCUUUGAAUUAUUGCCAUAUCAUUGAUUGAUU